GUUUGUGGAGACCCCAGAGCCAUGGCACAGAAGCCGCUCAGCACCACGGCCGCAGAGCGCAUGAACCUUGUGGCCCAGGACGAGAUCUGGAGAUACCGUCUGAAGACUGAAUAUGAGGCCCAGGAAAACUGGCCAACAAGGUGGGGAUAUUUAACGACCUCCAUGGAGAAGCUACUGGAAGGUGAAGAAAAACCACACACCCCAAAGCCCAAGAUCGAGCUGCCCAGCCACUUCUGUGUCCGGCCCGUGAGCCCCAUGGACAAAUAUAUCAAGAUCCUUCCAUCACCUCCAAUCCCAAAGACCACCCAGGGCCUCAUCGGAUGGCGAUCUGGGGUGCCAGGCCUGAACAAGUGCUUGGAACAUGACAGAGAGAUCCGCAGCUGCAAAGGGGCUUACGCCCGAGAGCUGCACUGGCCCAAGCAAGGCGUGCACUAAA